AUGAGACUUGGGCUGUUUUUUCAGGGAGCUGUGUUUAGGAACAAUGAUGACUUGCUGCUUGCAAACAAUAAAGUCCAGCUGAAGUGUCUUACAUACGGGUCAACAAAGAUGUCAGAACAAGACUACGCCCAAGGAGACCUUGUGUGGGCAAAGUUAGAUGGUCAUCCAUAUUGGCCAAGCUUGGUGUGUAAAAGUCCACAGGAAAAUACUCAUUCCAAAAUUACAAAACAAGGCAGGCAGAUACAUGUGCAAUUCUUUGCAACACCAACUACACGUGCCUGGGUCAAAAUCAAAAGUGUAAAAACAUACAAAGGGAAGAACGUACCUGAGUGCAAACCAGGCGGAAUGUUUUACUCUAAUAAAAAGUCUCUGUGGUCUGCUGUUUCCAAGGCAGAAAAGGCUGAAUUCAUGACGAUGAAGGAGAGGAUGAAGUUAGUAGUACUCAACACUAACAGUGACAGCGAGAACACUGAAGAUAUGUCAGAGGAAGAGGCGGGAAUGGAGGGUGAUACUGACACUGAUAGUGACGAGUCUGCACAAAAGCUGACAAAAAUAAAAAAGAGAAAAGCUGCCAUAGAACCAGUCAAGCCAAAUAAGAGAAAGAAGACUACCCAUGAUUCUACUGUAUCACAGACAUUUAUUAUUGGAAAGUCAAAGGUUCCUGAGCACUGGAAGACAGCAUUUGUCUUAAUGAACACUAACGAUGUACCAGAGGACCUCACACCAGAUGAUUUUAUCAAAGUGCCAGAGCCAAAGAAGAGACAGAUAAAGUUAGAAAUUCCUGAUGAGACAGAUGAAAUAAAUGAUUUGGAUUCAGAAGAUGAACUGGAAGAUUCCGAUGCUGACCCUGGAUGGACACCAGACCAAGAAAUGUCGGAUGUAGAAUCAGCACCUGAACCGGAAGAACCGGAUGACGCGGAUGAGGAAAGUUUAGACGACUCGGAUGAUGACUGGGCACCUAGAAAGGGCAAGAAAACUACAGACAAGAGACCAAAACAGUUUGGAUUGAUAAACAGAAAAAAAUCAUCUUCAAAAUCUGGGUCAAAUUCAGCACCGCAAACAAGUUUGAAAACUUCUGAUGCAGCAUCAUCUAAGAAAUCUACCCCAUGGAAAGACAGCAGACCUACAGCAGUAUGUAAUCCUAUAGUACCAGACAACCAGGCGCGUAACCUAAUCAUCACAGAUAAUACUCCCACCGCACCAGAGCCUGAGGUUGGAGAUUUUGUGCUGGAGAAGGCUGAAUGUAAAGAUGGAAACAUUCCAUUCCUGUGGCGUUACAAAAGAGGUGGGCUCAUACAGAAAUAUGAACGAAUGGAAGAGGAUGGCAAAGUUUUCUAUCAGAAUGUAUUGAGUUUCUCUGACUGGUGGGCAUGUUUUGCACAUAAAUACCAAAAGGUGGAGACCCAAGUUCUGUUUAAAUACAGAAAUGUUGAGAAAGUUACACUUAUAGGUGAUCCCGUUGUUGAAGAGGAGACAGAACCAGCUAAAAAUCCAGCUGCACCAAAGACAGCGUCCAAAUCAAACACCAGUAAUACUAGUAAUAACAAUAAAGAAUCCACCACACCAAACCAACCAGCAGAUAAAAUGCAAGAGCAAGAGAUUUCUUCUACAACACAGGAGUCCCAUGUAGAUAUUCCAGAACCAUCAUUCCAGAUUGGGCAGUUUGUGCUGGAUAUGAAAGACAAGAGAAAUGUGGACAAUUUUCCUAUAUGGAAGAUUGAAAGUCAGAUUCUUCUCAAGAAAUAUGAGGCAGUGAUCAAAAAUGGAAGACUGUUACAUAAACCUGUCAAAACUUAUCGUGGUUAUAGAGAAAUCAGCAAGCAUUAUUUACCUGUGAAAGUGAAUCGUUGUCUGGACAUCCCUGGUGAAGAACAUGUGGAGGUCACUGAAGACACAAAGCCAAAGAUUACUGUCAGCUCAAGUAUGGAAGAGGAAUAUGAAAAGAACCCAUUGCUGAGACAUUUCUAUGUUUAUAUGCAAGUGUUUUUAAGUCAAGCAUUGGAACCAGGAUUUCUAGAUGAAGUCAUGAAGACCAAUGAUCCAACAUACAUGUUUCCGCUGGGAGAGAUAGACAAGAUUGUUGAACAGAAAGCUGUGAAUAUUGAGAGAAAAGUCAAAUGGAUGGAUAAAAUUAAGGAUGCUUUAAAGAAAUGUCCAUAUCUGAGAGAAGUGAACAAACCAGACGACAAGAGAAAAUGUGAGGCUUUGGUGGAUAGUGAUGAGUCAGUGGACGAGUCAGUGUUUCUGUUUGGUUCUGACUAUGAUAAAAAUACCUUAAAACAAUCAGGAAAUAGUCACGCUUGUCAGGAAUUCAAGAUUGGGAAGACAGCUGUGACUCAUAUCAGUACCUAUCAUCAACUUUGUCAUUUCAAAUAUAACCUGUAUGAUAAAUGUUUAGCUAAGAUCAAAUUGAUACGGGACAGUAAGGAAGGGGGUGUAGAAGUGGAGAAAAUUAUGGAUGAAUGUCUCGGCAACAAAUCAUGGGUACUUCAGAACUUUGAGGAUUUCAUGACAUUAGUGGAAAUGACGUAACCUGCACAGAAUCUCUAUAACCAAAUCUACCUGAUGUCCAUAAUCUUCAAGUAGACAUUUAAUUCCUCAGAAUUGAAAUGAAGAUACGCUGGUACCUCUCACUGGUAUAUAUGAUAGUGCAGACUGGUUUAUUUGAUUCCUCAGAAUUGAAAUGAAGAUGUGCUGGUACCUUUCGAUGGUGUAUAGUACAGACUAGUUACUAGUGAUUGACCCAGCCAAGACUUGUCUUCAAGAUGUGUUCCAGUAGAAGGUCUGUACAUGAUCAAAUGACGUGAAGUGUCAUCAGUGAAGUUUAGAUGAAAAAAAGACCUCAUCAUUUGGUCAUUUUAUUUGUUUGAAGUUAACUGUUAUAAAUGUACAGUGUAAAUAACAAAAGUUCAAAAUGGUUCCUUUUUUUAAAACCUUUCUCAUGUUUAUCUGUUUAGUGUUAGUUCAGUUAAAGCAAAAAUGUGGACCGCCUUAGGUAUACAUGUCAUGGUGUUUUUAACGUUUUAGGUAAUGAUCUUGAGCCAGUUUUUUUUUUUUUUUUCAUUUUCAGAAAUGUUAUGUUAGUCAUAUCUAUGCAAUUUUCAUGUUAGUUGUAAAUCAUGGUAGACUAAGUGAAUUGUAUCUUGAAGUUAAACAUUGUAUCAGUAGACUUAUAUCAAAUACUAAAGUCCCUUUCAUGGUUUAUUGUGUGAUUUACCAUGGUACAGGGUCUAGAUAUACUGGAUUAAAACUUUCAUGGUUAUAGAGCGAUUUACCAUGGUACAGGGUUCAGAUAUACCGGAAUAAAACUGCAUGGGCAUAAGUGUAAGUAGUUUGAAAAAUACCUAAGCAUCUGAACAAUAAACCAUUGUAAAUCAGACAUAGAGGUAUUCUUUAUUUUCAUUCUGACGUGCUCAUUGAAAUAUAAUGACAAAAAUUCUGCUGUUCUUCAUCAAAAUAGCAAUGAACCAGAUGUCGUAUUGCACUUUGAUGUCAAAAUUGAUGUCAAAAUGUCUUCCACCAGUCCACAUGUCAACCAUUGUAGGGUAUGCAUUUAACUUCCUUCUUUAUUUAACUGACAAAUCGAACAAUGUUACAAUAUAUUAAGUGAAAGCAUGUUGCUUGUUUAAAAAUCAUUAAACAAAUUUGUAUAAUAGUUGUUUGUUUAUUGGGUUGUUCUGUUUAGUUGUACUGGUAUUGUUUUGAUAUCCAGUGAGACAUAAUUUUGACAAUUUAAGCAUGAAAUAAGAGAUUACAGUAAAACCCGUCUUAAGCAGCAAGUCAAGGGAGUGGGAAAAAGUGGCUGCAUACAGCAGGUGGCUGCUUAAUGCAGGUAAUUUAUAAAAUGAAUGACCAUUUUGGGAAAUGAGACCCUGGCUGCUUAAGACAGGUUGGCUGCUUAAUAGAGGUGACUGCUAAAGCAGGUUUUACUGUAUUUGGUAAUAUGGGGACCAGUUUAAGGUGGUUAAGCGCGACUUUAAUGUAUAUGUGAUUGGAUAAACAGUUUUCAGGUAUGAAUUAUGAAAGUUUUCAAGCUUUGGGCAUUAGAAACAUGCUUUGUAAAAAAAGCGAAUGUUUCCAUUUUGUUUUCAAGCAGCUGUCAGUGCUUUGGAAAGAGGCACGUCAUUAACAUGUUGUUUAGCUUUUUGUAAUGUAUGCAUAUCUUCAGUAUUUUUCUUCACUUAUAGGUUUGUUUAAUAUACAGGGAUGUCUGUUGUUUCAGGAUAAUCUCAUUUUUUACCAGGUUUAGAGAUAAAUUAUAUGUUAUCCGACUUAAAUGUUUUUAUCGGUUGGAGGUUGGGGUUUGAGCUAAUAAGCAGCUGUUCGGCAGAAUAAUGUCAGCAUGAAGUUACUGUUAGACUUAAUAAUUUUUAUGGUGUUAGUUGAAUAAAGUCCAGAAGGGGUAUUAUGUUAAAUGAGUGUAUUACGGUAUGAUUCUUAUACCUAUUUCCUCAUUACUUUUCAUUUUUAGCUCGACUAUUCAAAGAAUAAGUAAAGCUAUCCUACUCACUAUGGCGUCGGCGUCACACCCUGGUUAAGUUUUUCGUACCAGUCCACAUUUUGACAAAGUCUUUUGAGAUAAAGCUUUGAAACUUUCAACACUUGUUUACCAUCACCAUGUCCAGUUAUAGGCAAGAGUACAUAACUCUGUCAAGCAUUUUGACUGAGUUAUGGCCCCUUUUGACUUAGAAAUCUUGGUUAAGUUUUUCGUACCAGUUCAUAUUUUGACAAAGUCUUUUGAGAUAAAGCUUUGAAACUUUCAACACUUGUUUACCAUCACUGUGUCCAGUUGUAGGCAAGAGUACAUAACUCCAUCAAGCAUUUUGGUUGAAUUAUUGCCCCUUUUUGACUUAAAAAUCUUGGUUAAGUUUUUCGUACCAGUCUACAUUUUGACAAAGUCUUUUGAGAUAAAGCUUUGAAACUUUCAACACUUGUUUACCAUCACCAUGUCAAGUUGUAGACAAGAAUACAUAACUCCAUCAAGCAUUUUGGCUGAAUUAUGGCCCCUUCUGACUUAGAAAUCUUGAUUAAGUUUUUCGUACCAGUUUAUAUUUUGUGUAAAGUGUUUGAUAAAUGGCUUUGAAACUUUUAUAUCUUGUUCAGUAUUAUAGUCUCUAUCAAUAGGCAAGAGUACAUAACUCUGUCAUCUUUUUUGGCUGAAUUAUGGCCCUUUUUGAACUUGGAAAUUGGUUCUGUUUUCGUAUAUGUGCAUGUUUUGUCAAGACUAUUUGACAUAUGGCUUUUAAACUUUAAACACUUGUUUAUCAUUAUGAUUUCCAACUGUAGGCAAGAGUACAUAACUCUGACAACUAUUUUGGCUGAAUUAUGGCCCUUUUUGGACUUUGAGAUUUUUGUAAAAUCUAUUUGAACUGUGGCUUUGGAACUUUUAACACUAGUAUAUCAACACAAUUUCUGUCUGUAGGCAAGUGUACAUAAUUCUGUCAACUAUUUUGACUGAAUUAUGACCCUUUUUGGACUUGGAAAUUAAUUAAAUUUUUCAUACAAAUCCAUAUUUUGCCUAACAUAUAAUUUAAUAACAUAUUUGCCAUCAUGAGCAUACAUUGCCAUUUAGUGCAAGACUAAUAGAAAUCCACAAAUCAGGGAACAUUUUUUGCUUAAUCCAUUUUUUUCUUUUGUCUGAAAAUCUAUGGAAAUAUUUUGACCCCAUUCUUCAAUCAAUUCUUCGAAUAGUCGAGCACGCUGUCAUCCGACAGCUCUUGUUAUACUGAUUACCGGUAUGCUCUCGGCAUCAAAUAUUUUGAGAACAAAUUUUCAUUUCUUUGUUUUUAGCACAGUUAUUCAUAGUCUUGAGAUAUUCUACUCACCCUGGUGGCUGCGUCACACCAUGGUAAAUGUUUUGCGUGCAAGAAUGUAUAGCUAUCAUUUAAAUGCAUAUACCGGUAGCUUUGAAACUUACUUUUUCUUUUUCAAGAUCAGUUACCAAACUUACUGGGCCAAGUCCCAUAACUCUGACAUGUAUUUUGGGCAAAUUAUGCCCCUUUUUAGACUUAAAAAAAAUCCUGGUUAAAGUUUUGCAUGCAAGUUUCUAUUCCAAAAACUAAUGCAGAUAUUGAAUUGAAACUUCACAUAUGUCUUUAGGGUUAUAAAACUAGGUGAUAAUUUUGGCCAAAUUAUGCCUUCUUUUGGACUUAGAAAAUCCUGGUAAAAGUUUUACAUCCAGGAGCAUGUAGCUAUUUUAAAGGCAGUAACCAGCUUCACAGGAUCAAGUUCCAUAACUCUGACAUGUAUUUUGGGCAAAUUAUGCCCCCCUUUGGACUUAUUUUUCCUGGUUAAAUUUUUGCAUGCAAGUUACUAUCUCAAAAACUAACUGUAAUUGAAACUUAUAUUGCAUGUUUCUUCCAGUUUAUAAAACUAGGUCAUAGCAUCAAGUCCCAUAACUUUGACAUGUAUUAUGUCCCCUUUUGAACUCCAGCAGUGCAGAUCUUGAUCAGACUGCAUGGAUGUGCAGGUUGAUCAUGAUCUGCACUGAACAACUUCUGGUAAAUGUUUUGCAUGCAAGUUACUAUCUCCAAAGCUAAUGCAGAUACUGGGUUGAAACUCUACAUUUAGGGUAAUAUUCCAGUUUCUGGGACAACUGUUUGAAUAGUCAAGCCUUGACUGUCUUACAGACAACUCUUGUUAUUUAACCCAUGUUCAUCACAUAGGAAAUAGUGUAAGUCCAAAAAUGAGAGCUUACACUUCAAGUUACAGGUUUCAUUAAAAAAUGAAGAAGUAGCCGUUGGUGUCGUCUUUUUCAGCUGUUGAAAAACUCUUAAAUAUGGGUAUGAAUACAGAAAUGAUGAACAAGGGGUAAUCAGUGUGUUAGGAUCUUGGCCAAACUAGUCCAGGUGCUUGAGUUAUAAGAUAAUGGAAUAUUUACAUUUCAGAAAAUGUCAAAAUUUACUUGAUAUUGUUUUGGUGCAGUUGCACAUUUAAUAGAUUUUUCUCAGUCAUUUUUUUUUUUUUUUUUUUUUUUGUAGAAAUUAUUACAUACAUGAAAGUUUAAACAAAAUAUGAUUUCAUUUUUUUUCGAAAUUAGGGCAAAAAGCAGAUUUAAGAAUAGUUGUGUAGGUUUAGUUUUAUUACAUGAAAGAUAAAGAUGUACUGUUAUACAUGGAUUUGAAAAACUUAUUUAAAAUGGAAAGAAAUAAUCCACCAGAUCCAGUGAAGAUAUGUAAUCAGUGAUCUCGGUUUUUUUUUACUAAUUUUUGCUAUCAUUUCUAUGUAAUUUUUCAUGUUUAUUUAGCAUUCAUAUAUUACCAUACAACUUUUGUACUUUGUAGAUUUAUAUAGGUCAGUAUUUGCAUAUUUUAUUUAUUUAGCAAAAAAGCCUAUGUCAUAAAAACGCAUACCCUAUUAUUAUGAAGCAUUUGAUUUCGUGGGUGUGAAUUUCGCCAGAACAGAUAUUUUGUGGGGAUGUGAAUAUAUGGAUUUGAACAUUACUUAAUUAUAAAAAUGUAUUUGUUUGUUGGGAUUAAAUUUCUUGGAUUGACCAAAUCAUAAAAUCUACGAAAUUAAGACCUUUAUGAGAAUUAAUGAUUUUAUGUGUUUCAGUAAAUCUUCUCACUAUUACAUUGUUUUUGGUUAUAGGAUGUUUCCUGUGUUCUAUAGAUCACAAGAGUCAUGUCCAUCAUCUACAUUCUUUGUCUUGUAUUUAUACAUUUAAUCUAUAAAAUUGCCUGAUUGUUUUGUUUUUUUCCCAGUAUAUACUUUGAAAUCGUUAAUAUUCUCUGGGACUAAAUUUCAUAGAUUUUUCUGUUGUGAUAAUCAAUGAUAUUAAGUCCCAAAGAAUAAGUAAAAUUCAUAUGAUGAAAUAAUGUACAGAGGGGCUCCUGUGGUCUUCAAAGCGGGAAAAUUGCCAUAUGACCUAUAAAUGUGUAGGAGCAACAUUAAACCCAACAAAAUAAAACAAAACCACAAAUUCAUAUACAUGUACCUAAGAAAUAGCCGUUCUGGCACAAACCACAAAAUUUAGUGCCCACGAUGUUAAAAAUGAGCCGCACCAUGAGAAAACCUACAUAGUGGCUUUGCGACCAGCAUGGAUCCAGACCAGCCUGCGUAUCCGCGCAGUCUUGUCAGGAUCCAUGCUGUUCAGUAACGGUUUCUCUAAUUGCAAUAGGCUUUGAAAGCGAACAGUAUUGAUCCUGAUCAGACUGCAUGGAUGUGCAUGCUGGUCUGGAUCCAUGCUGGUUGCUAAGCAACUAUGUUGGUUUUCUCAUGGCGUGGCUCACUAAUGGUUUCACAGUAUUAUUGAAAAGUGGUAUACCUCUGUCUUUCCAUACUCAAAUGUUAUGUUGGGAAAUUAGUGGACUAGUUAUUUCCAUGCCAAAAGCUUUGAAUAUUUAAUAUAAUAUAAAGCGCCACAUCUGUUUCUUGUUAAGAAAGAUAUAUGUCAUGGGAUUUCUAGGUCAAAUUUUACAUUUUAUUUAAUUGAACAAAACAGCUAUGACUGUGGUAUUUGCAUAUACAAUGUACAUGUAUGGUAAACUUUUGGUGAUAACUGCUUUAGUGAUCAUUUUUUUACAUAUUUUUUUCUUUCAUUUGUAAGUCAGUAACACCUGUCUCUUGUUUUUUGUAACAUAGUGGUCUCAGUCAGUACAUUCUUCAAUAUUUUUGUAAUCGGCUUGGUUUAAUUUUGAGGGAAAACUAAAGUUUUAUUUGAUAAAGUCUUAAAAGGUUCUUUUCUUCUUUAAAUUUCAGUUCAAACAAAUUUUAUCAUGGAGCUUAUGACUAUAAACAGAUAUAGGUCACUAAAAUGUUGUAUUCUACCUUGAUUUUUAUCUUGGCUUACAACUAGGGUUAUUCCCCUUUAGCCAAAUGUUUGACUGCUCCCUGCUUUAGGAAGCUGUCACAAAUUUAUGGGGAAAAAUAGAGAUUUCUUUCAAUUUUUUGUAUGGUUAAAAGGGAAAGAAUGCUUAUCAAGUAACUGAUUGAAUAUGAAAACUGUUGUCAAGAUUUUCAUGUUGCUGAAAGACUUUUGAAAAUCGGAUUGCUAUUGAAAAAUAUUUGGCAUUUUGCAAUCCAGGAAAAUAGCUAACCAUGGAGGCAGCCAUUUUAGUGGAUUUAUGACGUCAUUUAGACACUGCUGAACUAUUUAUCAUUAUAAAGCAAGCGCCCAUUUUUAAAUACAGUAAAUUUUAAAGUUUCUUGAAUUUAAGAUGUAAAGCUUGAUCAUAUGUUGUUUUUUUCCAGUUGGGAAAGGUUGAGAAAUUAGUUUACAGAAUUAACGAAAUAUUGUUCAAAUAAAUAUCUGACAAUAAAUUCUAAAAUUAAUGCUCGAUUGUUCAUGAGAAAAAACAUUUAUAGAUAUUAUAGACCAUGUUCUACUGUAGCUUAAAGGCAUGGUUUUCCGUACCAGCAGGGAAAUGCCAAAAUCAUAUACAGUGAACAUGUAAUAAAACAGAAGUUGAAGAAUUAAGAUUAUUGGUCCACUGCCUUAUGGAUAGUUCAGUUAUACAUGUGACAGUAAAAUAAUCUAUCUUGUCUUGAAACAUUUUUCCAAACAGUGCUAGUUCUACUGUUGACAAAACAAUUACAGGGGUACACUCAAUGAAAGAUAAAGGUCAUACAUGUGUACUUGCAAUGACCAGUACAAAAAUAAAACAAACUGCCAAGGGUAAUAAUAAACAGCCCAGGGUAAUAUUGAUUGAUCAGGUCAUAGAUAAUGCAUGGGCACAUAAAGGAUGAUUUACCAUGAUUAUGUAAAGAAGUGCUGUAAAUAAUUGAUACCAUUUUAACUUUUAGUUUUAGCUUGUAUUUAGAUACUGGUAUGAUAUAUACAGUAAUGAUAUCUUAUGGGACUGUAUUUAAGGUAUAGGGGGAAAGAAAUCUCUUUUACAAUUUUAGUGAAUAAGUGAAUUCAUUUCAACAUUAUGGACAACAUUCCCAAAUUAACAUACAUGUAAAUUGGUAAUAAUGUUACAGAGUUGUGUUUAAGUUUACUACAUGAUACAAAAAAAAUCAAAAAAACAUGCAUCAUUUUUACUUUGUGUAUCAAUUAUACAAUGAUAUUUAUAGAUGUGAUCCAAAAAGUUUGUAUCAAAUGUAAGCCAUUUAAAAAUUCAUUUAUUUGAUUCAAUGAUACAGUUUGUCCAAGUUCACAUUUUAUGAGUUUUGAAUCAUGUAAUUUGUAAAUUUAAAGGGAUACAGGUAAACUUGUGGAUGAAAAAAUGGAAAUCCUUUAAAUCAAUGUAGAAACAAUAUUUCUCACAUUUUAUUGACAUGCCUAGUAAAAAUAGAUAGCCUCUACAUGUUUCCUAACUUUUAAAGUAUGGGUAUGCAAUGUUCAUGUUUUUGCAAACCUGACCUACAUUUGCCAGACUAGAAGAAUGCUCAAAAAGACUGCACAGAUGUGCAGGCUGGCCAUGAUCUAAACUGGUCGCAAAAACAUAAUCAAUCCUGUUGAGCAUGAUUAGGGUUAAGACUUCAUGCAUAGCUAUAUAUACCACAGUUGGGUUUGAUUCAACCCAACAGCAAAGUUUCUGUUUCAUUUCAUUUAUUUAGUAAAAUAUAUUUGAGCCGUGCCAUGAGAAAACCAACAUAAUGGGACCAGCAUGGAUCCAGACCAGCCUGCACAUCUGCACAGUCUGGUCAGGAUCCAUGCUGUUCGCUUUUAAAGCCUACUGCAAUUAGAGAAACCGUUAGCGAACAGCAUGGAUCCUGACCAGACUGCGUGGAUGUGCAGGCUGGUCUGGAUCCAUGCUGGUCGCAAACCCACUAUGUUGAUUUUCUCAUGACACAGCUCAUUUAAUAAACAGGUUUCUUGAAAAAGUGCCAAAGUAUCCCAGUGAAAUAUUGCUACGUCAGUGCUAAAAGUGUUAUUUCAUUUUGAGCUUCAGAAAUGUCAUAGAAAAUAGCAAAAAAUACAAAUGCUGUUUUAAGAUAAGCAUUAUUCAUUGUUCAUUUUUGCUAGUUUUGUACACAUGUCAUAAUGGUUCUUAUCAUGAUUAGAUUUUUCUUUUUUAUGUUUUGAGUUGUUUACUAAACAUGUUCGACAAUGUUCAAUCUUUGCAAUAUAUUUUUGUAAAAGUUU